AGUUGCAUUUUAACUGUGCACACAGCAAGACAUACUUACAAACAAACUACAAAUUACAUAUUUUUUAAUAAAUUAUUAAAAAUUUAACAAAAAAAUACAAAACUAAAGGAAUAUUUUAAUAAGUUUUUUUUUGUUAAUAAAUAACAAACAAAUUUUAAUUAUUAAAAAAAUAAUAAAUAUUUAAAAGUGUUAAGAAAAUUAUAUAUAAAUAUUAAACCAAAAGCGGAUAUUUAAAAAAAGUGUUAAAUUUUAUUUAUAAAUACUAUAAAACUUUUUUAAAAACACAAUGAUGGUUGUACAACAACAAAUGCUUUGGAAUACUCAACAAUCGUCUGCUUCAGCAGCACAAAAUUCAUCAAAAGAUGAUUCAAGAUUAUUGGAUAACUCAUCGCCUCCUUAUUUAAAAACGGAAAUAUUAGAUGAUAAUGAGGUAGAAGAGCUUCAUCAUCAACAACUUUCAAAUAAUCACCAUCACUAUAAUCAUCAUCAUGUUAAACAUGAUGACGAUGAGGAAGAAGAAGUGGUCGAUGGCGAACAUGAUGAACAUCAUGAACAUCAUGUACCUGUGGAACAACCAAAAUUUACAUAUCUGAGACACAUGUCAAAAUCACCUUCACCCAUACGCUCAUUAUCAGGUUUCUCUUCUUACCACGAGCCCCAAGAUGAUCUAGAGAAAUAUCGCACUCCCUCACCCACCAAUGUGAGCAAUAAACGCUCUCGUGAAUUGGAUUCUGAAAUGGAAAAUGAAGUUUUGAAUUUAGCCCGUCAUACACCCAAACGUGUAGCUAGAUCGCCUUCACCCAUUACUGAAAAAUCGGCCAACUAUGAAACUGAAAAUCCCUUAAACCCAAAUUCUCCUAAUCUAUUGUCAGCUUUGCAAAAUCCUUUGGCACCUUUGUUGCUACAAAAUCAAUUGGGUUUGGCUGCAGCGGCUACAUCGUUGAAACCCGAAGAAAUGCAACAAGCCUUCCAGUUGCAAUUACAAGGUUAUAUGGAAAUGAUGCGCCAAAUGUCUCCAGAAAAUCCUGCAGCUGCUCAAUUUUUGCUGCAGAAUUCUCUACAAGCCAUGUUGCAAUUGCAAGCUUUACAACAAAUGAAACAACAACAGCAGCAGCAACAACAAGUUCAAGAGGAAAUUUUGCGCAAGAGUCCCAUAAAUGAAUUGAAAAACUAUUCUACUCCUCAAACUAAAUCACCUCUGAGAAGUCCUUCCUUGAGUCCAGUCUCCAGACAUGGCAGUGCUCGUUUACAGACACCUAAUGGUACAUCAGCCUCUACCAACCAACAAUCCACACCACCAAAUUCAGCCAAUUUGCCCAUGAGCCUAAGCAGUGCUGCCAUGACUCCUAAUACUCCUGGUAUGCCACCAGCUUUUCCUUCCAACUCUCUAUCACAGGCAGCAAUGACAUAUUCCAGUACUCCACAAAACUCUAAAGGCUCGGGUGCUAACACUCUCUCAAUGACAGCACGCACUCUGGAUCAAUCUCCCGAAGAAACCACUGAUUUAGAAGAACUCGAACAAUUUGCCAAGACUUUCAAACAAAGACGUAUUAAAUUGGGUUUCACUCAAGGAGAUGUAGGUCUAGCUAUGGGCAAAUUAUAUGGCAAUGACUUUUCACAGACCACCAUUUCCCGUUUUGAAGCCUUGAACUUGAGUUUCAAAAAUAUGUGUAAAUUGAAGCCUUUGCUACAAAAAUGGUUGGAAGAUGCUGACAAUACCGUAUCAAAACCAGGUGGUAUUUUUAAUCUUACUGCCAUGACUUCUUCCGCCCUAACUACCCCCGAAAAUAUUAUGGGUAGACGCCGUAAGAAGCGCACUUCGAUUGAAACCAAUGUUAGAACUACUUUGGAAAGAGCUUUCAAUAUUAACUGCAAGCCCACCUCAGAAGAAAUUAAUCAACUGUCUGAACAGUUAAACAUGGAUAAGGAAGUAGUGAGAGUAUGGUUCUGCAACAGAAGACAAAAGGAGAAGAGAACUAAUCCUUCCCUAGAUCUUGACAGUCCUACUGGCACGCCUCUCAGCAGUCAUGCAUUUGGUUAUCCUCCUCAAUCACUAAAUCUUACCUCAGGACUUGAAGGCUCCUCUUUGUGUGGCAGUUCUAUUAGUUCUCUCUCCCCUCACUACAAUGCCAAACAAGAAUGAUGCUGGUACACCCACGAAGAUUAUCACAACGGUUAUAUAGAUAACAUGGACUUAACAUAUCGUUCAGGGACACAUCUGACAGCCGCUAAGCUGGAUGCCUUAACGUCUGUUCCCGCAGGCGACUUUCAGAGUCCCUUUACCAGUUCCUAUUCACAGGAACCCAACUCAGUUACAUCCUCAUGGCACACUCAAGCUCAGGAUCAUGAUCUUCAGUAUCUGCAUCAAUCGCCUCAAAUGAUGAGUUUUAAUUCGUCUUGGUCUUCGUAGACUUAUUAACCAACCACUGCAGUCGAAGGCAAGGCCAAAUUGUAUAUAGUUAUGAACAAAUCCCCAACUCUGACAUUACAAUGACAACAUUCCAUUUCAGUAUUCAUAUCAUGUAUUGUGUAUCAGAUAUUUUAAUACAUACUUAGGAAAACAUUUACUUUGUUUAAUAUUACUUAAACAAGAAAAGCAAACUUCCAUUAUAAAUCUUUAAUAUAAAUAAGUAUUAACGAAUUUAUUUAAGAAAUACAAAAAAAAAACAAUUGAAAUUUUGUAAAUAUCAUUAGAUUUUAAGUAAAAACUAAAAAAGAGCAUUUACCUAUAGUUCCUAAAAUCAACCACCCACUCACUCUCUUUAUCUCUUAUAUUCAUCAACCAUUAGCAAAAAGAGACAUGUAUACUAAACAAAUAUUUAUUAAAAUCUAUGAAAAUAAUUCAUAAAUAAUAAUGAAUUUAUUAAAAAAUCAAACAAAAUAUACGAAAACCUAAAUGUACAUUUUAUGUUACGAUGUGUAUAAUAGAAAAUUUUAGUAUUUAAGUCCAUAUAUUAAUAAAUAAAACAAAUUAUAAAAAAAUU